UCGAUGAAUCGGCACCUACAUUCCAAAGUACUGGUCGUGGAACUGCAUACAAUCAAAGGCAAUCCAUGCCUAUUCGAAACAUAAACGAUGAAUCGUGUCCUACAUUCGCGAGUUCCGGUAGUGGUUGUGGCGUAACUUACAGGCAAUCCAUGCCUUCUCAAAAUAUAUUCGAUGAAUCGGCACCCACAUUCGAAAGUACGGAUCAUGGAAAUGCAAACAGGCAGAUGCAGUCUAUGGCUUCCCAAAACAUAAACGAUGAAUCGGAACCCACAUUCGAAAGUACUGGUCGAGGAACUGCAUGCAAUCAAAGGCAAUCCAUGCCUAUUCAAAACAUAAACGAUGAAUCGUGUCCUACAUUCGCGAGUUCCGGUAGUGGUUGUGGCGUAACUUACAGGCAAUCCAUGACUUCUCAAAAUAUAGUCGAUGAAUCGGCACCCACAUUCGAAAGUACUGAUCAUGGAAAUGCAAACAGGCAGAUGCAGUCCAUGCCUUCCCAAAAUAUAAUCGAUGAAUCGGCGCCCACAUUCGAAAGUACUGGUCGAGGAACUGCAUGCAAUCAAAGGCAAUCCAUGCCUACUCAAAACAUAAACGAUGAAUCGUGUCCUACAUUCGCCAGUUCCGGUAGUGGUUGUGGCGCGACUUACAGGCAAUCCAUGCUUUCCCAAAAUAUAAUCGAUGAAUCGGCACCUACAUUCGAAAGUACUGGUCGCGGAAUUGCGUACAAUCAAAGGCAAUCCAUGGCUUCCCAAAACAUAAACGAUGAAUCGUGUCCUACAUUCGCGAGUUCCGGUAGAGGCUGUGGCGUAACUUACCGGCAAUCCAUGCCUUCUCAAAAUAUAAUCGAUGAAUCGGCACCCACAUUCGAAAGUACUGAUCAUGGAAAUGCAAACAGGCAGAUGCAGUCUAUGCCUUCCCAAAAUAUAAUCGAUGAAUCGGCGCCCACAUUCGAAAGUACUGGUCGAGGAACUGCAUGCAAUCAAAGGCAAUCCAUGCCUAUUCAAAACAUAAACGAUGAAUCGUGUCCUACAUUCGCGAGUUCCGGUAGUGGUUGUGGCGUAACUUACAGGCAAUCCAUGCCUUCUCAAAAUAUAGUCGAUGAAUCGGCACCCACAUUCGAAAGUACUGAUCAUGGAAAUGCAAACAGGCAGAUGCAGUCCAUGCCUUCCCAAAAUAUAAUCGAUGAAUCGGCACCUACAUUCGAAAGUACUGGUCGUGGAAUUGCGUACAAUCAAAGGCAAUCCAUGGCUUCCCAAAACAUAAACGAUGAAUCGUGUCCUACAUUCGCGAGUUCCGGUAGUGGUUGUGGCGCGACUUACAGGCAAUCCAUGCUUUCCCAAAAUAUAAUCGAGGAAUCGGCACCUACAUUCGAAAGUACUGGUCGUGGAAAUGCAAACAGGCAGAUGCAGUCUAUGCCUUCCCAAAAUAUAAUCGAUGAAUCGGCGCCCACAUUCGAAAGUACUGGUCGAGGAACUGCAUGCAAUCAAAAGCAAUCCAUGCCUACUCAAAACAUAAACGAUGAAUCGUGUCCUACAUUCGCGAGUUCCGGUAGUGGUUGUGGCGCGACUUACAGGCAAUCCAUGCUUUCCCAAAAUAUAAUCGAUGAAUCGGCACCUACAUUCGAAAGUACUGGUCGCGGAAUUGCGUACAAUCAAAGGCAAUCCAUGCCUUCCCAAAAUAUAAACGAUGAAUCGUGUCCUACAUUCGCGAGUUCCGGUAGUGGUUGUGGCGCGACUUACAGGCAAUCCAUGCCUUCCCAAAAUGUAAUCGAUGAAUCGGCACCCACAUUCGAAAGUACUGAUCAUGGAAAUGCAAACAGGCAGAUGCAGUCUAUGCCUUCCCAAAAUAUAAUCGAUGAAUCGGCGCCCACAUUCGAAAGUACUGGUCGAGGAACUGCAUGCAAUCAAAGGCAAUCCAUGCCUACUCAAAACAUAAACGAUGAAUCGUGUCCUACAUUCGCGAGUUCCGGUAGUGGUUGUGGCACGAUUUACAGGCAAUCCAUGCUUUCCCAAAAUAUAAUCGAUGAAUCGGCACCUACAUUCGAAAGUACUGGUCGUGGAAUUGCGUACAAUCAAAGGCAAUCCAUGCCUUCCCAAAAUAUAAACGAUGAAUCGUGUCCUACAUUCGCGAGUUCCGGUAGUGGUUGUGGCGCGACUUACAGGCAAUCCAUGCCUUCCCAAAAUAUAAUCGAUGAAUCGGCACCCACAUUCGAAAGUACUGAUCAUGGAAAUGCAAACAGGCAGAUGCAUUCUAUGCCUUCCCAAAAUAUAAUCGAUGAAUCGGCGCCCACAUUCGAAAGUACUGGUCGAGGAACUGCAUGCAAUCAAAGGCAAUCCAUGUCUACUCAAAACAUAAACGAUGAAUCGUGUCCUACAUUCGCGAGUUCCGGUAGUGGUUGUGGCGCGACUUACAGGCAAUCCAUGCUUUCCCAAAAUAUAAUCGAUGAAUCGGCACCUACAUUCGAAAGUACUGGUCGUGGAAUUGCGUACAAUCAAAGGCAAUCUAUGCCUUCCCAAAAUAUAAACGAUGAAUCGUGUCCUACAUUCGCGAGUUCCGGUAGUGGUUGUGGCACGACUUACAGGCAACCCAUGCCUUCUCAAAAUAUAAUCGAUGAAUCGGCACCCACAUUCGAAAGUACUGGUCGUGGAACUGCAUACAAUCAAAGGCAAUCCAUGGCUUCCCAAAACAUAAACGAUGAAUCGUGUCCUACAUUCGCGAGUUCCGGUAGUGGUUGUGGCGCAACUUACAGGCAAUCCAUGCCUUCCCAAAACAUAAACCAUGAAUCGGAACCGUCAUUUGAAAAUACAGGUCGUGGAACAAAACACAGUCAGAUUCAAGCAGUGCCUUCUACCAAUAUGAUGCAAACCAUGACGACAGCAAGCUUAUAUGAUGCAUCGGAAAACACUUUUAAAAGAACUGGUCUCGGAAGUGUGUACAAUCAGAGGCAAUCUGUACCUACAACUACUCAAAAACAAUCAAUGACUGAAAGUUUUCAGAUUAAAUUUAUGCCUACAGAGAGCAGAUGCGAUGAAUCGUGUUCUACAGUUGCAAGUUCUGGUGGGCCUGGCACUAGUCAGAGGGAGUCAUUGCCUGCACAUUUUCAGAGGGAGUCUAUGCCUUCUCAAAUAAUUUGGAAAGAAUCGGUUCCAGCACUGCCGAGAACCGGUGCUGCAACUAGAUACAGUCAGAGACAAUCCAUGGUUUCAAAUUCUCAGAGGCAAGCCAUGCCUGUAAGUUUUCAGAGGCAAUCUAUUCCUUCUCAGAACAUAAACGAUGUGUCGGCGCCCACUUUUGAUGCUACUGUCUCUGAAGCUACAUACAGUCAGAGGCCUUCUCAAAAUAUUGGUGGUAAUUCAGUGACAUUCUUAGGUGCAUCUGGUCAAAGGCAUGAAUGCCUGGAUGAUGAAACCAUGCCUUCAUUCGAACAAACCCCUAAAUUUCCACAAGCGAAUUCCACGAGACGGGACGGAUACGUUUCAGAGUUAAACGUCUGCUCAUCAACCUGUCGAGAGAUGACUGUUGCAAAUAUAGUUCCUUCUACAUGUGACUCUAAAUUAUCAGAAAUACGCCAAACUAUGGCGACCGAACCUGAAGACAUUAGGGCCCGUCAGAAUAUCAGUGAUCAAAUUGCACUUCCGAUUGCCACCACAACACGCGCCACUAGCACCGAAGAGUUCGUGGAGUCUAGAAUAAGCUUUCAAAACGGAGGACUCAAAGCGAAUGAGAAUAUAGAAGACGAGUGGAUGCCAGAAUAUGAUGAAGUGGGAGGCGUCAUAAGAAGGAGGACCUCCAGAGGCCAACAGGUGGCGAUGCCGACGAAUAAUAUCCCGACUCGACGGUAUACAACUGACGAAUGCCUAGCCGACGAGACAAUGCCAUCACAAAACAUUUGCGACGAAUCCGAACCUUCCAUAUUGAGAGAAUCAUCUUUUAAGGAUGAGACUAUGCCAUCAUUUGGUGAAGUCUCAAGUUUUUCCAGGAGGCCGACUACUAUGUCGAGAGCGACUCUUUUGAACGACGCAGGAGCCAAUAGCAUUAUGAGAGGAAAUCACCUGCCAUCGCGUAAUAUUAGCGAUGAAUCAGAACCUUCCGUAAUGAGGGAAGGAGUCAGGAGGCUGACUUCUAUGCCAAGAGAGACUCUCUUGAGCGGAUUAAGGGACGGGUUCUAUACGCCAAGCCUUCCUGUAAAUGAAAGUCAGAGGGAAACGCGGCAGCCUUCGCAGGGAGCAGGCAACACUGUGAUGGACGCAUACCCUACUGGACAUCGUGGGCUUGAAAAAAGUGAGCGCAUCGAGGAUGAGACCAUGCCCUCGUUCGGCGACAAUUUCAAUAAUGAGAGAGGAGCGCACAGAGUCACAGAGGAGAUGAGCAUGCCCUCACAGGAAGUCUCUGCUGCCGCGCCAAUAUCAGAAUGUACGGCCUUGAUAAGAGAGUGCAUGGAAAACUUGCGCAGCCAGACGGCCCCAUCCAGCAUAAGCGAUUGCAUAAAACAGGACAACGAUCGCAAUAGCGUCUGCCAGGCACGUGAACACCGCGAAAUUCAGAUGACCAAUGAGGGUCUGGAAAAUGAGAAGAUACCGUCUAUGCUAUGUGUGUCGGACCAGCGUCACGUAACCGCAUACGGACAUACCGAGCAGCUCGGCAGAGCGGUUUCACAGCGUGAUAUGCCACAGGCAGAUAUCCCUUAUCCCGCUGGAAUGUUUGGAAAUUUAACCGAGCCAGCUCAUGCCACCGAUAAUGAUGGAGAGCGGUCGACAGACGAUCAGUUGGAAAAGGUCAGCAUGUCAACCUUUAACAACCUUUCACUAACGCCGCACCACCAGUUGCAAAUGCCCAAGACGUGUUUGGAUAUAGCCACCGAGACGCCUCUCCAGCGGAGAUGUCACUCGCUGGAGUACUCGCUGUUGGAGAAUGACAGCGAAUCAGACUUCUUCACAUGCAACAACUCUCAGGACCUAGGACAGGAGGAGAUAGGCGAGCACUGUGGCAUAUGCGAGAAAGUGUCCUUAGACCCCCACUUCCAGUCGAUGGACGUCGGUCAAUUGGGACAAACGACAACGACAUCAAUGUCUAUAGCUUCGGUACCGGUACCGCGGUGCCAGAACAGUUUUGCCGCACCACCAAACGCUUCUUCACCAACCAACCUUCUUCAACCACCUGCUUACCAUAGCACUGGAACAUCAACGCAAAACAGCUGUUCCGUGGAACAGAGAGACUUCAGCCCGUCAAGACCUGGACUCUGUUGCUUUCCGCCUGGUGCCAACCAAAAUAGCUAUACCGCCGUGCAGGACAAUAGAAACUCGAAUCAGGUCGUCUGGAAGCAGCCCCAUAGGGAAGGUUCGGACGUGUCUGCCGAAACCUUCUGCACUUGUCCGCCGGAGACUAAGACGCACUUUGAUUCGGAGCUUGAGUCAGAGACGCAAUGCAUUAACGAUUGCGCCGCCAAAUCAUCUAGUCUAGAUAAGGGAGAAGCCGGAUCCUACCACAAAGACAAUAAAGCCGUGGAGGAGCUCGACGCUGCCAGAACGUCUAGUCCUGAUAAAGGAGCGGCUGCAGUCUACCCUAACGCAUACAACGCCGUGCAGAAAUCUGGUGUCCACAUCUGCGGAUGUUCAUCGGAGUCAGAGGAUGACUUCAACGCCAGAUCGUCACGUCCCCAUGGAGGAGCGCCUGGACCCUACUACAACGCCAUGCUCGAUAUUGGACUGUACGAUCUGAUCGGAUGGCAGCAAGCUCAUAAACAUGGUGGGAACACCUGUGCUUUUCCGACAGAGCCAGAGAUCGCCAGAUUGUCACUUUCCCUUGGAGGGACGCCUGAAGCCUACCACAACGCAGUGCAGGAACCUGAUCUAAUCGCCUUUCAGCAGACGCAUAACAAUGAUGCGAAUACCUAUGCUUUUUCCCUCCAGUCGGAGCGCAAUAAUGACUACCGGUCGGCCAGAUUGUCCAGAUCGUCCACAUCGUCCAGAUCAUUCAGAUCGUCCAGUCCCCAUGUUCAAGAUCCUUGCACCAAUCGGCCGCCCUGCUGGGUAUAUCCCUCACCAAUUCGGGUGCUCUUUGAUGGAUUGGUGCGACUUGGGGAAUCACUUUAAAUAACACCUUUGAGACAUUAAAUUUUAGACAACAAAUGUUUGACAAAAUUUUAGACACAAUCAUUUAGGCACAACAUUUUACAAAAUUUGAGAGGCAACUACAAAAAUUAGAGAAAAAAUAAAACUAAAAAAAAUAAUUGCAGACUAACAUCGCGAUGGUAUGACCUAUGCAUCGAUCUGCUUAACGAGGAUGGUCUUGACUUCACAUUGAUAAUUUCGUGCUACUUUUGGGGAAUAUCUUUGCGCAUGCAACUUAAUGUUUUAAUCUUGUUUCUCUGCAACCAGUUGCUCCUCACCCAGAUCUCCUGGAAUGGAAAUACUAUACCAUAAUUGUGAAUGUUAGCUGUUUCACCUUCUGUUUU